AACGACACGGAGAAAACGCUGGCGUCUCUCCGUGACGAAACCCACCUGAUUGUGCGCAUCCGAGGCGCCGACACCGGCGACAUUGAAAAGAACUACGUCGGGAUGGACAGUGAGGACGAUGACGACGAUGACGACGACGGCGGCGACGAUGGCGACGAGGAUUGCGGUGAGGCGGAAGACACUGAUGACAAUAUGAUUGAUGCCACGGGCUAUUACGGUGGUCGGAGAAAACGGGGUCGGGGCCGACCAAUGCUACCGUCGUCGCGGAACGGUGGCUCGGAUGACGAGAACAAAAGUGCCGGAAGUGGCAGCGAUGAGAAUGAUUCGCUGCUCGUAGCGUACGACAGCAAUUCAGUCACAUCCGUUUGACAAUAUCGAAAGCUGAUGCGGACGAUGGCAGAGCUCCAGCGGCAGGCGGACAGUGGCGUGUUAUUGUUUUUAGUUAUAUUUUGUAUUGAGAUUUAUGCGCAGAUUUUUGUAUUUUUCUAGACGACAUGGAUAUAGGUACAAUACGUUGUUAUAUUAGAGCCAGAAAAUCAUGUACAUAGCUUCCAGUGUCAAGAAUGUGAGCGAAUGCGAGUGUGAAGAUUUGAACUACAAAACAACAACCAAAAACAGAAAAAAACCAUAUUUACUUCUAUAUUAGGCGCGAGGACUUUAUAUUUAGAGUCAUGCGAUACAGAAAGAAGAAACGCGUUUACGCUGUAAACGAGAAUAUUAUAUAUGAAACAUAGAAUAGAUGAAAAUUAAACAACAAAAUUGAAAUAAAUAUUGGUGUGGUACCCUGAAACUA